AGCCCUGCCUCGUGGGCUGGCAGGAAAUUUAAGACGGCAGCAAGCUCUGCUCAGACCACCCCCAGACAUUUCCUCCUGUUCAUGCAGCAGACUAUUUAAUUGAGGGCUGGUUUGUCCAGCUCACUCAUUGACACUCAGCAGUACCUACUAAGCAGGGCAGUGAUUUUUCCCUCCCUUCCUCCCCUUUUGGACAGGCUCCCCACCAUGAGGAUGCUGCUGCAGCUGAUUGCUCUGCUCUCCGCCGCCCUGCUCGCCAGCACAGCCCCUCCAACCUGCUACUCCAGGGUGCUGUCUCUGGGCAAGGAAAUCACCGAGUCCUUCAAGGAGCUGCAGACCUCCAAAACUGUGGACCCGUGUGUGCAGACGCUGCCCAGGCUGUACUUGGACAUACACAAUUACUGUGUGUUGGCAAAACUCCGUGAUUUUGUGGCCUACCCUGGGUGUGACAGACUGGUUGAAGUGAAUGAGCUGAAGGAAAAAGCUCGGAGCCUGUACACCAUCCUGAUCUCCUACUGCAGAAGGGACCUGGUGUUCCUCACUGACGACUGUAAUGCUCUGGAAAUUCCUAUUUCACCUCCCCUUGAACACUCCAUCACUGAGAGCUAAAAGACAGUUAACCCAAAAGUUAUACCUGGGAAAGUUUCAAGGAGACCAAAAGUCAAAAUAAGUAUGUGCAGUCUUUAACAUUAACAACUAAGAUCUUUUUCAAGCACACUAGCAAUAUAAUCUCAGACCUACCCAUUUUUCUCUGCCUUGGCAGGAAAUGAAUUGCAUGCCUUGCAUACCUACUGAGCUGCUAGGGAACCUACCAUUAGGGAGCAGUUUUUCAUUUGGCAAGGUACGAUAUUUCAGCCUAACCAAAUGUAUAAAGUAUGUUUUGUUUAAACAUCAGAAACUAGGUUUUUUAUUUUUACUCUUUUAUGAAUAGCUAGACUCAUAUAUACAUUCUCUCCUGACUUGGCUGUUUUUCUUGUAUUAGAUGGGCAUGGAUGGGACCAUAUUUGUUUUGCGUAGAAUGUUUGAUAAAGGAUGAGUAAUACUGUGCUGGCAGCUUUCUCUGCCUGUAAAGCUCAUAUAUAUAUAUAUAUAUAUAUAUCAUGACAGUUUUUGAUGUCAGAUUUGUGAGAAUAGAGGUGAAAGAAACAUGUCUCUGUGGAAAACUAAAUAAAAACAAUCUUCUAAUCCAA